UUAGGUACGCGUGAGGCGCUUCGGUUCCGUGUCUGCCCUGUAACGAAGUGCUGCUGCUUUGAACAGCAGCUUGUCCGCGCCGGGAGGAUUUUUUCCAGCUUUUCUGAUUUGGAGAGCAAACUGCUGGGCAGUGGAAUGCGCGAAAUCAAUCCACGUUUUACAGUUAACUUCUACUUCGCCGUUCCGUUGCGCUGUUUCCGAAGGCUCGCUGGCGGAAGCCUCCCCCCCCGCGGGCGGCGCUGCGGGACGGGGCGGUGCUGCGGGGCGGGGGCCAUGGCGGAGCGGCGCAGCGCGGCAGCCGAGAGCCUGGCCCGCCUCUCCGAGUGGGCGGACGCGCACCUCAGCCUCCUGCGGAGUCUCAGCGCCGGAGUGGCGGUGGCCGGGCUGCUGGUGCUGGCCAGGAGCGUUCGCCUGACAACAAAGUUCACAAAUGCUUUGGAUAUACCUGCGGGGUUUGUGGAAAAGAACGUGAAAUUGCGAGGAAAAGUACAUCGCGUCACGGAGAAGGGCCUGGAAGUUGAGCACAUUCCCAUUAGCGUUCCUUUCAUUACCUCAAUACAGAGAAAAUGGCAGUCCGAGGGUCUCUUGCUGGUGAGACUGGCCGGCGUGGAGCUGGCCCCCGAGGGCACGGUGUGGCUCCAGAGAGAGCUGAAACCCUCACAAGUGAUCUGGUUCCAACUCCUCGGCAGGGAGCACUCGGCACUCGAGUGCCUUGUUUUAGUAAAUAAGGGCCGAUUUUCCAGCGUGUGCUUAAAUGAAGAGGUCCUGAGAGAAGGGCUUGGAAGAGCGGCAAGCAUAGAAGGGCUGCAGCGCGAUGCUCGCCUGUUCUGGAAGCUGCACAAAAGACUUCUUCGAGCAGAGCUGAAAGCCGUGAGGAAAAAUAAGGGGAUAUGGAAAGAAGAAAGCUUCUCCGAAAGGAUUAGAGGUCGUAUAAGCAACAACAAGUUCACGCAGACAUGGAAACGCUUUGUGAGCUGGCUGAGAAGCUAGAUUUAAGGAUGGAAUGGGAGACUGGCCUAGAAGCAAGCCAGUUACCUGUGUUCCAUGCUUCGUGUAAAGGGCAAGUUAAUGCUAACGAGUGCCGUAACUUGGGAGUUCCUUGUCAGCAACAGAGAGCUACAAAACGCUGUCUCAUUUAACCUGUAUGGGACUGAAAGGUAGUAAUAUGCAGGACAAGAAUGGAAGUGUUCUUAAGCUAAAGGUUUGCGCGGCGUCCUACGUUGCUUGUCAGGUUCCCUGUGCUGAGCACCCCCCCAGCUGUGAGCGGCUGUGACGUUUUGCUGAUGGUUCUGGAAACGCCUGACAUCGGGUGGAGAUAAAAACUUUCGGAAUUUGACAGCGGGGACCAGAGCAUGCUGAGCGCUUGUUUUGUUUCUGAAAGCGGUGUUAAGUGUUACGCGAGGUGUAUUUUUGUAAAUAUUCUCGGAAUAAAGAUUGAAUUUCUUA